UGUAUCAAUCCUGCUUCCCUCUCCAGCUUGCUGUGGCUGAGUAAAUGUUUAAGCAAUGACUGACAGGAAAGAAAACCAGCCGAAAGCUUGUUACAGGGGUCCGUCGACAUGAGAGCCAAUCAGCGUGAAACAUGGGCGGGCUUUUCUACCGGUGCUGUCAGCGCAAGGAAAGGCACGGUUUCGUUGAUAUGUGGUGCUACUGAGAACUACACCGUCUAGGGAAAUUAAGUGGUUCAUUGUUUGCUCUCCGGAGCUCCGGCUAGGAUUACUAAACUCGUACUUUCGGAUAGCAUGGGAUAUGCCGCUCACAGAAUAACAGAUUGAGCCAAGAUGCAUCACGCCGAGCUGUGAAGAUUCAUAGGGAAAUGACCUCACUUCCUGUCCACUCUCCCGGUCAUGGUGUUGUCCUGCAGACACAGAUGAGAGUCUAGUCAUAUCCCCCUCCUGUUGUAUGGGUCACAAGCCCACCUUUACCCAAAACCCUGGUCUGGGUUUGUGUGUAUACUCCAAGUGUCCAUUCUUCAACCACUGAAAAGAACUAUGAGAACAGUUCUGGCUUCUGGCUGUUUUUUGAUGAUUUAGCCUCGAAAGGUUCCGACAUGAGUGGCAUCAGCCACAGAGCACAGGAAGAAGCCUGAGGAGGAAACGUCUCGAGGGCUUUUGUGAUGCAGACGGACAACCUGUUCAACAAGAAGCUUCAGGCCCUAAACGGCAACAUGGGGCCUCCCAUGCCCAGCCUCCAGGGCACGCCGGCCAUGCCCAAGAUGGGCGUCCGCGCCCGCGUCUCCGACUGGCCCACGCGCAAGGAGAUCGCCGACAACCGCCCGCCGCCCCGCUACGACAGCCUGAUGACCAGCUUCCCCAGCAUGCCGCCCGGUCAGACGCCAGACGGCUGCGGCGGCGGAGGAGGAGGAGUAGCGGUCAUCAACGCCAACUUCCUGGAGGCCAAGUACGGCCUGGCCGACCUGCUGAACAGCUCGCCGUACAAAGGCGGCUUCAACCCGCUGCGGCAGCGCAGCAACAGCGACGUGACCAUCAGCGACAUCGGCGCCGAGGACGUGGACCAGACGGCGGUCAACCCCAACACGGGCGCGUCGCUGCACCGCGAGUACGGCAGCACGUCCUCCCUCGACCGCCAGAGCGUCACCGGGCAGGGCUUCGCCGGGACGGCGGCCAGGCCCCCGCAGCACCCGGACCUCGGCGCGCCGUCCGAGCUCCCGAGCGCCCCUCCGCCGCAGGCGCUGCCCGAACUCUUGCACUACACGACGUCGCCCCCGGCAGCGGCGACGACGACGCUGUCGCCGAGCCUGCAGACGGCGGCGCAGAUCGCCCGCGGCGACAUCAUCUGCAUCUCCAACCUCGACUACGUGGACCCGUCGCUCUUCUACAGCCGGGAGCGCGAGCGCUCCUCGGCGCUCCAGCGGCAGAAGUCGGAGAAGAACGAGUCGUCCGGCAUCUUCCGGCGCCUGCGCACCAUGAAGAGCGACGGCGGCGGCGAGCGGCAGAAGCAGAGCGGAAGCGGCGGCGGAAGCGGAAGCGGCAGCACGGAGCAGCAGGACGAGGUCGCCCGGCUCCUGGGUCGCCCGCAGAGCUUCCAGAAGUGCUUCGCCCACUACGACUUCCAGAGCGUGCUCUUCAACAUCAGCGAGGCGGUCGCCAACCGCGCCAACCUCGCCCGCCGGAAGAACGUCACCACGGGAGCGUCGGCCGCCUCCCAGCACCAAGGAGGAAGCGGCGGCGGCGGCUCCAGCGACGGUAGCGCCGACCCUCUCCCCGCCUGCGAGUCGCCCCUGGGCAGCUGCGAGGACCUGGGCUCGGACCCCGACGAAGGCGACGGCAGGUGCAACGGCAUGGUGCUCAGCUGCCCGUACUUCCGCAACGAGACCGGCGGCGAAGCCGAGCGCAAGCUGGGCGUCCCCAGGUCCAACAGCGCCACCUACGGCGACGGAGGAGACGGCUACAGCCUGGAGGCCUCCAUCACCUCGCACUGCUCCAACGCGGGCGUGUCCGUGCUCGAGGUGACCCGGGAGAACUACCCUCUGCAACGGGAGAUGGUCAAGCGCUACAACUUCGAGCACAUGGACCAGGGAGCGUACUACUACCAGAAGUACUUCUACAACAAAGAGCACCAGAACUACUUUGGGGUGGACGAGAACCUGGGGCCCGUGGCGCUGAGCAUCCGGCGGGAGAGGCUGGAGGACAGUCGGGACGGAGCACAGUACAACUACCGCAUCAUCUUCAGGACCAGCGAGUUGACCACCCUGAGGGGGGGCAUCCUGGAGGACGCGGUGCCCUCCACUGCCAAGCACGGCACCAGCCGUGGGCUGCCCCUCAAGGAGGUGCUGGAGUACGUGGUGCCCGAGCUCAACAUCCCCUGCCUGCGCCUGGCCACCAGCUCGCCCAAGGUCCCCGAUCAGCUGCUCAAACUCGACCAGCAAGGGUUGAGUUUCCAGCACAAGGUGGGCAUCCUGUACUGCCGGGCGGGCCAGAGCACGGAGGAGGAGAUGUACAACAACGAGGCGGCCGGCCCGGCCCUGGAGGAGUUCCUGGAGCUGCUCGGCCAGCGCGUCCGCCUCAAGGGCUUCACCAAGUACCGCGCCCAGCUGGACAACAAGACGGACUCCACGGGCACCCACUCCCUCUACACCGCCUACAAGGACUACGAGCUGAUGUUCCACGUAUCCACCAUGCUCCCCCACACACCCAACAACAGACAGCAGCUGCUGAGGAAGAGGCACAUCGGGAACGACAUUGUCACCAUCAUCUUUCAGGAGCCUGGCGCGCACCCCUUCACGCCCAAAAACAUCCGCUCCCACUUCCAGCACGUCUUCAUCAUCGUCCGAGCACACAACCCCUGCACUGAGGACGUCUCUUACAGCGUGUCCGUCUCCCGCUCCAAAGACGUCCCGGCCUUCGGGCCGCCCAUCCCCAAGGGCGUGACCUUCCCCAAGUCGGCCGUCUUCCGGGACUUCCUGCUCACCAAGGCCCUCAACGCGGAGAACGCGGCGCACAAGUCGGACAAGUUCCGCGCCAUGGCCACGCGCACGCGCCAGGAGUACCUGCGCGACCUGGCCGAGAACUUCGCCGGCUCGGCGCCGCUGGACUCCUCGGGCGGCGGCGGCGGCGGCGUCGGCAAGUUCAGCUUCAUCACGCUGGGCGCCCGCCGCAAGGAGCGCUCGCGCCCGCGCGCCAACGCCCACCUGCAGAGCAGCGGCGCCGUCACCUGGGCGGUGGUCGCCCGCGACAACAACAACAGCGGCGACGCCUCGGCCAAUCCCGGCGUCGUCGGCAGCCCCGUUUCGCCCGGCGACGCGUCCUGCUGCCUGCUGGUCGUCUCCAACGAGUUCGUGGCGCUCAUCGAGGAGGCCUCCAAGGAGGUGGUGUUCAACUGCUACUGCCGCGACGUGAUCGGCUGGAACAUGGUGUCGCCGCUGGGCCGCGCCAAGCUGUACCACGAGAGGGGCUCGUGCCUGGCCUUCUCCAUGCAGGACGGCUGCGGGGACGAGGUGCGGGAGAUCGCCGCCAGGCUGGAGAUCGUGACGCGGGGCUGUGAGACGGUGGAGAUGACGCUGCGGCGGAACGCGGUGGGCCAGCUGGGCUUCCACGUGAACUUCGAGGGCGUGGUGGCGGACGUGGAGCCGUUCGGCUUCGCCUGGCAGGCGGGGCUGCGGCAGGGCUGCCGACUGGUGGAGAUCUGCAAGGUGACCGUGGCCACGCUCUCGCACGAGCAGAUGAUCGACCUGCUGCGCACCUCCGCCACCGUCACCGUGGUAGUGGUGCACGCGCACGAGGACGGCACCCCCCGCAGGGGCUGCUCCGAGCUCUACCGCUCCCUGCCCCUGGUGGAGUACAAGCUGGACGGCGGCACCACGGCGGUGGGCACCCUGGGGGGCGCCGGCUGGCACCGCGUGCCGCUCACCCAGCAGCUGUCGCGCACCUCGCCCACGCAGGCGCCCGCGCUCACCCCGUCGCCCGGGCAGCAGCAGCGCUUCCACUACGCCCAGGCCGCCAUCUCCCGCAGCACCUCCUUCGACAAGAAGUUCCAGGACGGACAGAGAGUGCUCCAGGACUUUGAGGUGUCCCAGGCAACGGUGGGCUCCCGAGAUUCGGGGCAGAUGUACUGCAGCUCCCCCAGCAACCAGUCCACGUCCAGCGACCCUGGACCCUGCAUGUCCUGGGGACAGAAGGGCAGCUACGACGGGAGCCAGUCACCAGCCCUCCACGAUCAGCCGGAGGAGAAGGAGGGAGAGUGCGGUCGGGAGAGGGAGCCCAAGCUGGAGAGGACCAGGUCUGCAGAGGCCAAGUGGCACCUCCCCUCCACUAAGAUCCUGAACCCAGGCCUCCAGAGACAGGGCGCCAAGGACUCCUCCAGGAAAUUCCCCCGGGCGCGCGAUAAGAGCUGCCCCAGCCACUGCUCCAGCCACUCCAGCAGCAACACCCUCUCCAGCAACACCUCCAGCACCAGCGUGGGCAAGCGCUUCGGCUCCGGAGACCCCAUGGACCCCGAGUCGCUGGGCCUCACCUACAUCAAGGGCGCGUCCACCGACAGCGGCAUCGACACGGCACCCUGCAUGCCACCGCCGCCGCCGCCCCCGCUCCCGCUGACCGGACUGACCAGCGGAGGAGGAGGAGGAGGAGGAGGUCUGAGGGGGAUGAGGGGCGGCGACAGCGGCCUGCCGUGGACGAUGGAGUACCCCGAGGGGGAGGAGGGCGAGGAGGAGGACGGAGACGAGGAGGGGAAGCUGUACCUCACGCCCCAGGGGUACGCGCACACCCCCAGCGCCGCCUCCACCGGCCACGUGACCGACGGCAGCACCGGCGACCUGAGCGAGAUCUCCUCCCUGUCCAGUGGCUCUCGUCACUCGGGCAGUCCGUCGGAGCGGGGCCUGAAGAGUGGCGGCGGCUCCAUGGACUCCUCCUCCUCCAAGCUGUACAUCAUCUCGCCCACGGGCCACGCGCCCCCCCUGGGCCACGGCCACGGCCACGCGCUGGCGCCCCAC